CGAAGAACACACUCGCCGACACCAACAAAACACCAGGAUCUCCCCUCAUCCCCUACCCUCUCUCCCUGCCCCGCCGCCAUGUUCACGCCGCCCCGCCCGCACUGCGCAUGCCCAGCGGCAGCGGCGCCGGCGCCGCCACGGGGCGCGGGCCCACGGCCGCCGCCGGCCGGAUGGAGGAGGUGGAGGAUGGAAGCCGGGGAGCAGCGGGGAGGCCGGCGUCGGCGGCGUCCACCCGCUUCGUGCGCUGCCUCUACGCGGUGGGCUUCCUGGAUUUAUUUGGUGUGAGCAUGGUUGUUCCUUUAAUGAACCUUCAUAUCAAAUCUCUAGGAGCAAGUCAUACAGUUGCCGGAAUAAUAGGAUCUCUCUACGGUAUAAUGCAACUGUUUUCCAGCACAUUUGUUGGCUGCUGGAGUGAUAUAGUAGGAAGACGGUGUUCCCUGCUUGCUUGUAUUCUUCUCAGUGCACUGGGUUACUUCCUACUUGGAACAUCCACCACUGUCUUCCUGUUUGCCCUUUCUAGAGUCCCUGUAGGUAUUUUCAAACACACACUCUCCAUCUCUAAAGCCCUGCUUUCUGACUUGGUUUCUGAGAGAGACCGCCCUUUAGUAAUGGGACGCUUCAAUGCAGCCUCUAGUGUGGGCUUCAUUCUGGGGCCUGUUGUUGGUGGCUACCUUACAGAGUUGGAAGAUGGCUUUUAUCUAACGUCUUUCAUCUGUGCUUCUAUCUUCCUUCUGAAUGCUGGUCUUGUCUGGAUGUUACCCUGGAGUGAAGAAAACGCUGGCAAUAGGGAACGUCAACAAGGCAACAAAGGAACCGACAGUUUCUCAGCAAAAACAAAUCGUGACCUGCACUCCAAAUCAGCAACUAAUGGAGCUGUGACAAGCGGUAGUCUUUUUUGGUCUCCGUGGGUCCAAGUUGCAACAGUGAUGAAGAGGAUUAAAGGAAUCGCGUGCUCUGAUCUGUGGGAUAUAUUUUUAGUGCGAUUGCUGAUGUCUGUUGCUAUACUGCUGUACUACAGCAAUUUUAGUCUGGCCUUGGAUGAGAGAUUUGGGGUGAAACCCUUGUUUGCUGGAUACCUAAUGAGUUAUAGCAGCGCACUUGGAGUUCUGGCUGGUUGUCUGCUCGGACCAAUAACGAGACUGUAUCAGCACAACACUUACAGAAUUUUGUUGCACUCCAGCACUCUUACCUGCACAUUGAUUCUCCUGUACGCGUCAGCGCUGAGCAUAUGGAUGGUCGUUUUGUCUUCCACAUUCUUAGCCUUUUCAACUACUAUAGGUCGUACUUGUAUCAUCGAUCUUGAAUUGACCAUUGGUGGGAAUGAGGCCAGUGGUACGCUCCUAGGUGUUGGACAGUCUGUGACAUCAGUGGGACGUAUAGUUGCCCCACUGCUUUCUGGAGUUGCUCAGGAGUUCAGUCCUUGUGGCCCUCCAAGUCUAGGGGUUGGACUAGCUUUAGUAGCUAUUCUGAUAAUGAAUGCCAACAAACAAAAAUAUUGUAGCCAUGGAAAUGUUAAGUUAAAAAAUCAAUAGCUGCAAAUUUGGAUUGCAUCGACUUAUCUUACAGGAGAGGCAAAGUGAAUCAGCCUGGGGUGAUGCUGCCAGACUUGUACAAUGGUAACAGGAUCUUUUAAGAGGGCACAUUCUGUUCACUUGGAGGCAAGUACAUAUAAAUAUUUCUGAUGCAGGGAUGUUAACUCUAGACAAAUGUUGCUCUAACUGGUACCACUAAAACACUGGUGAGAGGGGCAGCUGUUGCUGUAUUGUACUGCCUGGGAUGUUUUUACGGAUUUUUAACCUUCUUGGAGGGGAAAAAAAGAAUGCCAUGAAAUACACAAAUCCUGGUUGUAGGUCACAUUUGAAACAGUGUUUAGAUUGAUAGAUUGCUAAAAGACAGAAAUUGAUUCUUAUUAUUUAAUCAGAAGUGAAUUUUUAUUAUUUAAUCAGAAAGAGAAUUUGCAAUAUAGCUCGUUAGCCUUAAUUUCUUAUGCUGCGGUCUGCUGCCAUUUGUCUGCUGUGACAGUAGCUUAAUUAACAAGGUGUUUGCUUAUGUGAUUUUGUUAAGCAUACUUUGUCUACAAAACUUGCUGCAUAGCAUGAUUAGGCACCUCAGGGUAGCCAUCCGACCCCUGCUGAUUCCUGGUCUUUCCCAGGUAACGGAAUUGAGUAUAUGCUAAUUUCAUAUAUUAGGAGGCCUAAAAUGGGACAAUUUUAGAAUAAUAUGGGGUGAUUCAGACUGAAACUGAGACUGAACGUAAGCUUUAUUGAAACGAACCGGUGGUUUCUGUUUAGUAAUAACUUCUACUGAGCAACUUUGUCAUAAAUUAUUUGUUAAUAUUUCCUGUGCAAUUUUUCUACAUUUUAAGAAUAAAUUUGUUUCUUAAUUCUUUUGAAUGACUGUUAAAGGUGUGCUGGAGCAACUGGCAGUAGUUCAUGAAUCUGGAUUAAUGCAUAAGUGACAUUUCAGUGGCAAGAGAAAAGCUGUUUAUUUGUUGGUAUUUUAGUCUUCAUUUGUCUGCACUGCUUAACUAAGGAGAGGUUACGUACUCUCAGAGCUAUACUGAGAGUAGUAGCACCCUCCUGCACUAUUUACUGUUCACGCUCAUAUUACUCGCCAGUCACCGCUGUUUGCAUUUCAUUUGACACAUAUGAAAAACGUAUUUUGCACUCAUAAUGUUCCAUAUGCUUUUCCUGGUAUUACUUGAUGAAAGUACAAAGUCAACAAUGUAUAAUUGUUGGUGAUUUUUCUUUUUUUUUUUUUUUAUUAAAAACAGUGUAGUUAUCUCCUUGAAUGCAUCCGUGCAAAUUGUGUCGCUGCUUCAGGAGAGUUAUAGAUAUGUUUUGCAUUUUUCAUUUUUAUUUUCUUCUUUUCCUUUCCCAGUGCCUGGUAUCGUUUAAAUCCUUCUUGAAACCUCAGUGAUUCCAGCGGCAGCGCGAUGGGAAUAUGUAUGGAACUCUGAGGUGUUUUAAUUUUAUAUAUUCACAUAAUGAGUGUGUGUCUUAUUACUGCUAUGAUUUCAGUACAGAUCCUCAGAGUUCCUUAUUGUAAUAAUUUGUGUUUCAUUUCUCCCUAGGAACUUGAGGCAUUUUCAAGUGUCUUAUCUCCCCUUGUCUUACUUGGUAGAUUCCCCAAAACAUUCUUGCCCUAAAUUUCUGAUUUUCUUUCUUUCCAUCUUUCAAUUUAUUUUUUUUUUACCUAAAAACAUCCUUCUGUAACUUUUUGCAACUAUAGCAAGGUGUGAAGGAAAAGGGUAGAAAAAAACCCUCAAAAAUUAAUAUAUAUAAAAGAUUGAGUAAUUUUCCAAUACUUGUUGAUUAUAUCAGGUAACAUAACACUUACCCUUCUAAGUUGCCGCACUGAUUAAAGCUGAAUUCUGUAAACACCAUAAAAUUCAGUUUAUACUAACAUCUACAGCUGCCUGAAUAUUAUAUAAAAACUUCAAAAUUUCAGUGUUUUGUUUAUACACAAGUGAAAAAUGUGAUUUCCAGCGGCAGCAAAUAUUUUUGCUUUAUUUUGAAAAACAGUUCUCCAUAUAAGCUAAAUAACAAUGAAAUUAAAUAAGCAAAUUGAGAAAUCUGUGGAAGGCUGUGGUCUCAGGGCCAUGUUGCAACUGAUGUUACAGAAGAAAGGUAUUUUACUUGUAGGCCAAAAUGAUGUCUGAAGUGUUCCAGAAACAUUUCUUCUUUAUAAAGCCUCAUUUAAAGAGAAGUUGCACUAUUUUUUUUUUUAAAGGAAUAGAAAUAAAAUGAAGUGACAUUCCAUAUCUACAAUUUUGUCACUGUGUUUUUUUCCCCUCUUCCUCUGGUGAAACUACAGCACAAAAUAGAGGUGUUCAAGUCAAUAUGAAGUGCAGAUGAUUUUGGUUUGGUUUUGUUGUGGUUUUUUUCUUGAACCCGUUCCUUAAAAUGAUGAUUUGAAUCUGACUACUAUUUUUCAUCUAAAAGGCACAGGAGCCAAGGAUUCAAGCAUGAAGUGGCUCGACAGUGAAUGAAAAAGAAGAAAUCAAAGAAAAUAGAGAACUUGCCAGUUUUGAGAUAAAGUGCACGGUGCCUGGAGACCAUGUUUGCAUCCCUUUUGUUGCCUCUUAGUCGCCAUAACCCUGCGAGUUCAGAGAGUGAUGAGUAAAUGACAUCCCUGGAGAUGAGGACAUCCCUUUUAAGUUGAGGGAGGAGCAGUUGCAGCUAUUUUUGGCUACAGUCUAGUGGCCUUUACUGAAUUAACUUAGCAGUUCCUUGAAUCCACUUGUGGUGUGUGAGACAGUAACAAAACAGGGAUCUGAAUAUGGACUAAAGAAAAAAUGUUUCUACCUGCAAAUCACUGCAAAUUAAAAUUUUUCUCUUGCUUGCUGCUACUUUAGUUUUGGGUUGAUUUUCUUGGGCUUGUAGGCAGGGCUGGGGUUUUUUGCUUUUUAUGUUUUGAAAAUGUCACUUUUUUUAACAGUAACUACUUUUCUGACCUUUAUGAUCAGCUGACGUUGAAGAGGCUGUGUAUACAACGUAGUAAUUUAUUUCUGUAAAGCAGCUGGUGGCAUAUGAUAUGUACUGAUUUUAUUGCUUUUAAAUGACGAAGCGAAUGUUAAGAUUUAUUCCAUGUUGGUGUCCGCUGCAUACAUUUGAAGAGAAACUUUAUAAACAUACCAGUUCUGCAGAUUUCA